UAAUAUAUGUUUUUUUUUUAUUUUAGGAAAAAAUCACCAAAAAAAUUAAAUUUUAAAGUACGAUCUAAAUUUUAUUUUCGUUCGUAAGUGAUGUGAAUUUGGGCUGUUGAAAAAUGGUAUCUGUUGAUAAUAUAGGAAACUGAAUCCGAGUAUUUUAAAAAAUAACAAUAUACAACUUUUUACAUAUAAUCUUAACGUUUUAACCUCAAUUCCUAUUUAAGUUGUUUCCCGCACAUUUAGGGAAUAUAGAAAAUUGUGAGAAAAAAGUUUUUAAUUAACUGAAUUAUUUUCAGAAUUCUACAACUAAAAAUACCAACAUGGAUGUUAUAAAACAAAGAGAACUGAAUAUAAAAAGAAGAGAUGAAUUUUUGAAAGAGUGUGCUCUGAAUGAUCCAGAAUUUGCCGAGGCCCUAAAUUAUUUAGAGGAUUUGAAUAAAGAAAACCAACGUGGAUCUAAAAAGGUAGUCACCAAUAAACCUCGUCCUAAACCUAGAAGUCGAGAUCCAGCGUUUACUUUUUCUGGGGUGGUACCUUUAGUACAAAGAAAGUCGGCCAGACUAUCAAAAUCAAAACCCGAAUAUACAGAGGCUGAUUUAGAUGACCUUGAAACUAAAGGUACAGCAACCUCUGAUGAAGACAAUUUGAGUUAUUUAACUGAAAAAUAUAGAAACGACUAUCCAAGACUCAGGAGAAGUACAUCAAGAACGACUGAACGUCCCCCGAUAAUUGCAGUUGAAGAUGUUACAGAAGAAAUGUUGGCUAAUAUUUCAACUCGAGUGAAGGACAAAACUUAUAGUAGUGAUGGAACCAGUUGUCAUCAAUGCCGACAAAAGACAAUAGAUCAGAAGACUUGUUGCCGUAAUCCCAAUUGUGUUGGAGUACAAGGACAACUCUGUGGAGUCUGUAUUAAAAACAGAUACGGCGAAGAUGCCGCUGUUGCUUUGUUAGAUCCCAACUGGACAUGUUUUGUUUGCAGAGGAAUUUGUAACUGUUCAUUUUGUAGACGAAAGGAAGGGAAAGUACCAACUGGUAUAUUAGUACCUAUUGCUCAAAGAAAUGGACAUAGCAAUGUAGAUUCUUUUUUGAAAAGUUUGUCUGGAGAUAUAGAACGUGACGCUAGUAAAGGAAUAGCUUCUGAUACUACAUCCUUGAAGAUCAAGGACCCUUUUCUAGGAUUUACUGAAGAAGAAAUUGAAAAAGCUCAGGAUACUUUAAAAAAAAUUAAUAACAUGCAAACAAGUUCAGCAAAAUGGUAUCGUGCAAAUAUUAAACCAAACUAUGGAUUUGAAGAUAAGAAUAAAUUCACUGAAGAGAGUCAUAUAACUGUUUCUAAUGAAAACCUUGUUAAUGGUUUAGAUACUGAAUUAGAAAGUACUGAUCAAGUUCUUUUGGGAUAUCAAAAUGGUGAAGCAGUUUUUAAUAACAAUUCUUCUAGAAAACUGGAAGACGAAAAUUUAGCUGAAACUACUGUUUAAUAACGAUGAAAUAGUUUUUAAUAUUUAUUAUUAUUACUAGUUUUUUUUUGUCAAUUUUUUAUGAAGAAUGUAUAUUUUUUUACCAAAUUUAUGUUUGUGCAACAAGUUAUUGUGAGUUUUUAAAUUUAUUUUUUUAAGAAUUUUUGUAUCUUACAGUAGACUCAUAGUACAAGUAUUUAUAUAGUUACUUAGUUUAUAUUUUUGUUUUGUUUGUGAAUUAUCUUAUUAAGAAUUUUAAAUUACAUGUUUGGAAAUAAUUACUUCGACCAUCCACAACAAAUUAGUUUAUACAAAUAUUUGUAUUUUUAUUUUGUUUAAAAUUUUAUGUAAUGUUUGUCUAUAAUCUGACUAGGUGUUAAAAUAUAAUUUUUCCAAAAUUGUUUAUUCUGAUGACCUUAAUAGGAGCAUGUAGUAGUAUUAUUAUUUUUAUUUUUAUUAAGUUCUGAAUUAUUGUUAUUUACGUUUACUUUUACUACUGUUUGUGAAUUUGUUUACCUUACAAACAGAUGACGAUGUAUAGUGAAUUUAGAGUUAGAUGUUUUAUGCUUUGUUUUUUUAUGUGGACUUUUGUCUAAUAAAUUUUUUAUAAUGA